AUGACGCCUUCUGCUGUACCGGUCACAGGACUUGAUUCUUCAGUACAGGCGAUUUCCGAUCAUCUCAAGGUCCAACUUCUUAUUAGAAGUUUCCAAACUCGUGGCCAUAACAUCGCCGAUCUCGACCCACUUGGAAUAAAUAGCGCUGAUCUUGAUGAUACCAUCCCACCAGAGCUGGAGCUGUCUUUCUAUGGAUUCGGGGAACGUGACCUGGACAGAGAGUUCCUCUUGCCGCCCACGACUUUCAUCGGCGGUGAAAAGCAGGUGCUUCCUCUCAAGGAAAUUGUCCGCAGGCUGAAGCAAAUCUACUGUAAGUCUACUGGUAUUGAGUACAUGCACUUGAACAAUCUCGAGCAACAAGAUUGGAUUCGCCAGCACUUUGAGGCACCCCGUGUAACCGAGUUGUCACAUGAUCAGAAA